AGGGCAGCAUAUGGCCUUUUACAUAUGAUCGAUGAACUAAACAAUCUUUUUCAUCUGUGAUUCCCCUCUCUUCGUCUUGUCAGCUUUGUAAAUCAUGCAGCCCAGAAAGUGUUUGAAACUCUCGACUCGUUUCUCCGAAACUGCAGGUCUUCAUUUCAGCCCCACAAUCCCCACCUUCGCCACAUUCCCUGGUGAUAAUUUCUCCAGCUGUAUUCCCGGCGCAGCGGCGUUGUCGCUGGGGAUGGAAGAUUCUGUUCGAUUAGUAGAGGCGAUCAUCGGUUACAGUUUCGGGAGGAAGACGCUUCUGGAAGAAGCCCUCACCCAUUCUUCUUUCUCUGAGAGCCUUAAUUAUGAACGAUUGGAGUUCAUCGGCGACGCCGUAUUGGGCCUCGCCACCAGCAACCACCUCUUCCGUGUUUAUCCCGACCUCGACCCCGGUAAACUCUCGCUUCUUCGGGCGGCUAAUGUUAGCACCGAGAGGCUCGCUCGUGUUGCCCUUCGUAAAGGCCUCAUUCGCUACAUGCGACACAGUGCUCCUUCUCUUCUUGACAAGGUAAUAGAGUUUGCUGAGAUUGUGAGCCAAGAAGGUGGUUUUGUUACCUAUGGUGGAUCAGUGAAAGCUCCAAAGGUUCUUGCUGAUAUUGUGGAGUCCAUUGCUGCUGCAGUUUAUGUUGACGUUCAUUAUGACAUUCACACCUUUUGGGCGAUAUUUAGAGGUGUUAUGGAGCCACUAGUAACGCCUGAUGAUCUCAAGCAACAACCACAACCUGUGACUCUGCUUUUUGAGUUAUGUCGGAAGCAGGGGAAAGAAAUUCUCAUAAAGCAUCAGAAAAAUGGCAAAAAAAUCCUAGCCAGUGUUUAUGUGAAUGGAAAGUCUGUUGUUACAGCUGUUGCUGACCAGAAGAACAUUGCAAGGCUUAAUGCUGCCAAGGCAGCUCUGCCUCUCUUGGCCAAUUCUGAUCCUGCUAUUGCUGGACUUAACUUGUGUUCUGAUAUUAAUGGUCCUUUUGAGAUCAAAGGGGCGAAGCAUUACUUGCACGAGAUCUGUGAAAAGAUCAAGUGGUACAAACCUGCAUACCGAAUUGAGAAUGAUAGUGGUCCUCCACACAACAAGAAAUUCACUUGCUCGGUUCGCAUAGCGACUGAGGAAGGUAUACUAUGCAUGAUGGGAGAAGAAAAAUCAAGAAUGAAGGAGGCAGAGAACUCUGCAGCCUCCUUGAUGAUACGGGCCUUAGAAAUUGCUGACUUGAAGUUCUCAUGACUUUGUUGCUUCAACUACUAGUUGUCAAUGUUGUCCAAACAAUGGUUCAUCUUCCAUAUUGUAUCGUUGUAAUGGUGGAAAUGUCCAUGUGCUUGCUGUAGAGCCAUGAAGCUGCCAUUAGUAGCCGGUCAUCUCCUCCUUGACUUGGGAUUCUCUCUAGCGGCUAUACGGUCCAGUUAAGGAGAGAGAGAUACAGUGGUGGGAUUUGCUUUAACAUGUGAAUUUUACUACUUAUCGCUCCUUGCCGGACCAGGCAGCUGCUAUUGGAGAAUUUAUGCCCUGCUGCUGUAAUGACUACUUGAAAUUAGAAGUAAUUGGCAAUUAGCAUGAUAAUAUGUGAAUAAAGUUCAAUUUAAUGUUCUCAAAACUUUCCUUUUUCUUCUGUUGUUUAUGGAUAACUUCUCUAACUA